AUGCCAAUGGGGAAAUUGACAUUAAGGGUCGCCAAAAAAUGCAACAAAAAGCAGAGGGGAAAUGUCCCCUUGAAGAAGAGGAAAAGGUUGAGAAGGGAAAAUGUGAUUAAAAAGUCACCAGAUGAAGCUGUUGGAAAAAGACGGAUGGGUCUGUGUGUUGAUGUUUGUGGAGAAGUUUUUCGGACAGUAUCCCUGGCAAUUUCUCACAAGUUCCGCAAGCACCCUGAAUCAGUUAUUAAACACUAUUGUCCUCACUGUGGCAUGAUGUUCCCAAUUAAGAUAAAUCGUGACAAGCACCUGCUGACUCAUACAGGCAUGGCACCCAAGCAGCUUUUCCCUUGCUUGACAUGUGGAGUUGCCUUCUACAACUUCAGAGCCAGGAAGUUCCACAUGGACUCAGCACACAAAGGAGCAAUCCGCAUGGUGAAUCCAAUAAAAACCCCAGCCCCAAGUUUAAAGAUAGUCCUAAACAAUGCUGGUGAAGCACACAGUGUAUACUACUGCCACCUUUGUGGUUGUGAGUAUCAAGUCAAGUAUAAUCUACAGAAGCACUUAGCAACUAGGCAUACAGAGGAGGAGAGAGAUGCUGUACCUGAAGAAGUGAUGCAGUGCAAUGUCUGCUCAGCUUUAUUCUACUCCAAGAGAGCAUAUGAGGCACACAAUCACCAUCAUCGUGAGAGUGACCUAUAUGCCACCAAUGAAGAAAUGAGGCAACAAGUUGUCCAGAGAAUUGACCAAGACUUUGACCAAAGGCGAGUCCCCACAACAGUUGAGCGUUAUCUCUCUGCAUCUGCAAUAAGCUCCAAUCGUUCAGCCACAUGGCGCAACAUCAGGGCCGCUAAAAGAAGUCAAGAAAUAAUACAAACUUCUCCAAUAUGUGAAGCAACCCAGGAGAAGAGUAUACCUCUGGCAGCCACAGAUAAUGAGAAUAGUUUAGUUCAUAAUAAACCAGAUAUCAGUGCCAUGAGUAACACCAUGGGCACGGAGCCUCCCAAUGUGGUUGAUUGCUUCUUACAGGAGAGUGACUCAUGCUGGGAAUCACAAGGACAGGUUAACAGAAAAAGACUGAUUGAUGAUGGAGAAGAAGACCAGGAGAUCAGCAGACUUGGAACUGUGAACCCUGAUACAGUAAUGCCAAAUCCUGGUAUGAUACUAGGGCAAAGUAAUGAAGACCUAGGGAGCAAUAAUGAAAAACCGCAGGAGACAAAAGUAAGGACUGAAAAGACUCAAGAGUUUGAAAAUGAUACUGAGAAGCAGGACCAAUCUGAAAUGGCAGGAGAAAAGGACAUAAGUCAGAGUAAAGGAGAUAGUAAUGACAGUGAAGAGAGUGAUGGAGAUCUGGUGGUGGAGAAAAUAGUGGGAAUGCGAAAAGCUAUAAAUGGCAGAGAAUUCCUAGUAAGAUGGCAGGGAUUUGAGCCUGCAGACGACACCUGGGAGAGGGAAGAGUUCUUGAAUUGUGGAAAUCUUAUAUCUGAUUUCCUCAAGAACAGAAAGGGAAAACCUGAUGGGCAGGGGUUAGAAGCACCAAUAGAAUGGUAUGAGGCUCCAAAGCGGAAAAAGCGGAAAGAGCAGAAGGGCAAAGGAGGUAAAGCCGAAUAGGCCACACACACACACAGUCACACACACACACACACAGUCACACACACACAGUCACACACACACAGUCACACACACACACACACACACACACACACAGUCACACACACAC